CAUUCACUGGGAAUAGGCUAAAACAGACUAAUCUCCUGCAGUCCCUCCCUUUACCCUAAUAAGGCCUGCCACCUCUGAUAGAACUGGGUCUGAGGGAUGCUGCUGUCCCGGCCCUGCCACCACUGAAACACCCAGGGGUACCAGAAGAGCCAACCUGAACCAUGAGUCCUCUGAGGCUGCGAGCGUCGCUCCAGCUGCUGCAGCUGUUGCUGCUGGGUGGCUGCCUCGUCGCGGCCUCUGGGAGGAACGAGGGGGCGGCAGGAGGUGCGGCAGAGUCAGCCCUGGGUCUCGUGGGCGGCUCUUCGGGCCGCUUCAUCAGCCCGGAGCACCAAGCAUGCAGCUGGCAGCUCCUGCUGUCCGCCCCAGGGCCGGCGGCGGGCAGCGAGCUGUCGCUGCGCUGCCAGGGCCCGGACGGGGAGCGCCACCAGUGCGCCUACCGCGGGGAGCCCGGGCGCUGCGCCGCCUACGCCGCCCGCGGCUCUCACUACUGGAAGCAGGUGCUGGGCGGGCUGCGCAAGAAGCGGCGGCCGUGCCAGGACCCCGCGCCGCUCAAAGCCCGCCUGUGCUCGGGCAAGAAGGGCCGCGGCGCCGAGCUUCGCCUGGUGCCCAGCGGGUCCCCGCCCGCCGGCCCCACUGCGGCGGGCUUCCCUCGGGAUCCCAAGCCCCGAGCCAGGAGCCGGGGACGGCCCCGAGAGCCAGCGAUCGGCCCCGCCGCGAGGGUCCCGCAUCCUCCGAGCACACGCUCCAAACGGAAGCCCUCUGAGAAGAAGACUAAAGGGGGCAAGAGGAAAGCGGCCUCGGACUCUGACGAGGAGCGACUCCUGGGCACAAGGCCGGAUCCCGACGGGCUGGAUGAGAACGCGAAGCUCACGGAGACGUACUGCGCGGAGAAGUGGCACUCCCUUUGCAACUUCUUUGUCAGUUUCUGGAACGGCUGAGGUUGCCGACCUGGGGAGGGACGUGGGGGGUCGGGGAAGUGGUGCUCAGCUAAGGGAAAGGAAGCGAAAGGCACCUUAGGCGGUGAGGUGCAGAGCAGAGAGUAAGGAGGAGUGCCAAGUUCUAGAAUGGAGGUGGGGAGGGAGUGGGGCUUGAGGUGAGAGUGUUAGGGAUAUGGGGAAUCUCUGAGACGGCAGAGAAGUUAAAAAUUUUGAAGAGUAUCGAUCCUGAUUAAGGCCAGAAGAAGUAGUGAAAACAGAAGUAGGCAUACCUUAAAUGUGUAAAAACUGUACACUGGGGAGAGAGGUGGGUACAGAGACAGAUUGAAAAAAAAUAAUGGGAGAAAGUUACUAAAGUGAUAUGAAUCUCUUGUGGGAAGUGGAUACAAUCUGUAUUGUUUAGCAUAUUUACAUUGUUUGAUUAAAAUAUAAUCAAACAAUUGAUACAAUUGAUACUUGGCCUGGGCCAAGUUGAACUAGGGUCCUCUCACCUCAUCAGCCAACAGGAUUACCACCUUUUUUUUGUUUUCUUUCUAAAUUAGUAUUAACUUUAGUGCUGCUAGGUGUCAUAGAUGACCUCUACAGUGAUAGAAGCCACUCACUGGUCAAAAUCAACUCUAAUGAUGAAAGAUUUCAGGAUGAUUGCCCUUGAAUUCUUCUAGAAUUGCUACUUGUAGAGAGUGAUGCCUUAUAUUCACAAACUUUUCCAUUAACCUCAAUUCAGAAGUGAAUGGCAGAAGGAAGUUGAGUACUCCAGUAGGUUUAAAAACUACGUUUCAUAGUUGAUCAUUAAAAAA